AUGAUGGGCAGUAAGAGGGAUUGCCGAGUUUACGUUGGUAAUUUACCGUCGAAUAUAAAGCAGCGAGAUUUGGAGGAUCUGUUCGAUAAAUACGGACGCAUUUGUUUCAUCGAUGUGAAAUACAGUCGCGGUGCACCGUUCGCUUUUCUUGAAUUCGAGGAUCCACGUGAUGCGGAAGAUGCGAUUCGUGGACGAGAUGGGUACGAUUUGGAUGGGUGUCGUAUUCGUGUGGAAUUAACUCGGGGGGUCGGUCCACGUGGACCGGGAGGUCGUCCCAUCUACGCGGGUGGUGCCUAUGAUCGUAGACCUGCACCGGCUCCUCGAGAUCGGCGUCUGUCAAGUGGUGGCAGAGAUAGCAGUCGAAAAUCCGGUUAUCGCGUCAACAUCUCAGGAUUACCCACAUCUGGUUCAUGGCAAGAUCUCAAGGUUUAUUAUUUAUCUUAUAUUUUUUUGAAUGAUAAU